AUGAUUAACUCUGGGCCGAAUCUCAAAAGGCAGGGCAUAAAUUGCAGUAACUCACAAACUCUUGUCUUCUUUUCCGGUGAAGACAUGGGGAAAGGCUUCUACAUCAGCAAAGCGGUGGCCGGAGUGUGCGCGGUUGCGGCCGUCGGGGCCGUAAUAACCAUCAUAGCCCUCGCUGUGGUGUACUCACAGGAGAAGUCUAAGAACGUAGAGCCCCCAACAACCACGGCUGGACCCAGUACGACGCCCUCCACCCCGAAAGAGCCCUGGCAGCGGUACAGACUUCCAGACUCCCUCUCUCCCGUCUCCUACAACGUGACCCUGUGGCCCCGGCUGACGCCCAACGCUGAAGACCUCUACAUCUUCACCGGAGAGUCCACGGUGGUGUUCACCUGCGUGAAGGAGACCGACCUCAUUCUAAUCCACUCCAACAAGCUGAACUUCACCAGUUUCGACGGGUUCUUCGCGAAGCUGACGGCCCCGAGCGGACUCCCCGUGCCCGGCCUACAGAAGACUUGGCUGGAGGUUCCCACGCAGUUCCUGGUGAUCCAGCUGACCGGCCCUCUGCAGGCCGGCCAGACAUACCAGCUCCACACCCAGUUUGUUGGAGAGCUGUCCGACGACCUGGGAGGCUUCUACAGGAGUGAAUACUUUGAAGAUGGAGUCAAAAAAGUUGUGGCAACAACUCAAAUGCAGCCAACAGAUGCCAGGAAAGCCUUCCCCUGCUUUGAUGAGCCAGCCAUGAAAGCUGUCUUUCACAUGACUCUGAUUCAUCCCCAUGAGACUGUGGCUCUGUCCAACGCCCUGAACCACGGCAAGUCCCACUUCCUGUCCUGGUGUAAAUGUGUAUAUGUGCUAAAUCUAUCUAUCUAUCUAUCUAUCUAUCUAUCUAUCUAUCUAUCUAUCUAUCUAUCUAUCUAUCUAUCUAUCUAUCUAUCUAUCUAUCUAUCUAUCUAUCUAUCUAUCUAUCUAUCUAUCUAUCUAUUUUUCAUUACUUUAUACCCUGUCAAUAUAACAAUGGAUGGACAGAGUUUGAUUAGGACCAGCUUUGAACCCACAGAGGUUAUGUCGACCUACCUGCUGGCUUUUGUUGUGUGCGACUUUGCGCACAUUGGGACCAACCCCGGCGCAGAUGUUUUGAUCAGGAUUUGGGCCCGGAGAAAAGCCAUAGAGGAGGGACAGGGGAACUAUGCCCUGGAGAAAACCGGACCCAUACUGGCAUUUUUUGAGGACUACUACAACUCCUCGUACCCCCUGACCAAGUCAGACCAGAUUGCUCUUCCUGACUUCAGCGCUGGGGCCAUGGAGAACUGGGGCUUGAUCACCUACAGAGAAACUGCGCUCUUAUACAAUCCUUUAGUGUCGUCUAAUGGAGACAAAGAAUGGGUGGCGACGGUCAUCUCCCAUGAGUUGGCUCACAUGGUAUGGCAUCGCACCAUUACUUACUUCCCUUUACUUGGAAUCGCGCUGAUCCUUCAGAAGUCCUUGAAAAGUCUGAGAAUAACCGAAACUUUGUUCAUUCAGUGGUUUGGGAAUUUGGUGACCAUGAGGUGGUGGAAUGACUUGUGGCUUAAUGAGGGGUUUGCCACCUACGUUUCCUACCUGGGGGCCAACUAUGCCGAACCGACGUGGAAUAUGAAAGAUUUGAUAGUUCUGAAUGAGAUCAUCGGCGUGAUGGAUGUGGAUGCUUCGGCCAGCUCCCACCCGCUCUCCUCCGAAGAGGAGAGCAUCCUGAUGCCAGAACACAUCAGCGCACUCUUUGACUCCAUCACAUACAGCAAGGGAGCUGCUGUCCUAAGGAUGCUCUCAGAGUUCAUCACUGAGUCUGUUUUUUCCCAAGGCCUCCACACAUAUUUAGAAGAGUUCCAGUAUAAAAACACAGUUUACAAAGACCUGUGGAAGCACCUGCAAAUGGCAGUGGACAAGGCCGGCAUAUCACUUCCCCACCCUGUGGAAACCAUAAUGAACCGAUGGAUCCUGCAAAUGGGCUUCCCAGUGGUUACUAUAAACACGCAGACAGGACAAAUCACCCAGCAACACUUCCUACUGGAUUCCGACGCUGAGGUGGACAGGCCUUCAGAAUUCAACUAUGAGUGGUUUGUUCCUGUUACCUGGAUUAAGAAUGGUGGAGGUGAACAACAGUUCUGGCUUCUCAGCAAGGAAGAUACACAGACAGAUUUUGUACUGGGUGGAACUGAUUGGUUGGUGGCUAACAUAGAUAUGAAAGGCUUCUAUAGAGUCAACUAUGAUACUGGAAACUGGGAGCGUCUCCUUUCCAGGCUGAGCUCCAGACACCAGGAUAUUCCGGUAAUCAACCGGGCUCAGGUUAUUGAUGAUGCGUUUAAUCUUGCAAGAGCUAAGAUGGUAGAUACAGUUCUGGCUUUGAGAACCACCAAGUUCCUGAAUAAAGAAGUGGAAUACAUGCCUUGGGAGACAGCCAGGCGCAAUCUGAAUUUCUUCUUCCUCAUGUUUGACCGCAGCAAAGUGUACGGACCCAUGCAGGCUUACAUAAAAAAACAGGUCACCCCUCUUUUUCAACACUUCAAAGAUCUGACUCUCAACUGGACAAAGAUUCCUGAAAAUCACACCGAUCAGUACAAUCAGGUGAACGCAAUCUCCUUGGCCUGUAGUUCAGGAGUGGAGGGCUGCACGGAACUGACUACUGGCUGGUUUAAAGAGUGGAUGAAAAAUCCUGCUGCCAACAACAUUAGCGCCAACUUGAGGUCCACAGUGUACUGCAAUGCAAUCGCGGCCGGGGGAGUGGCCGAGUGGGACUUUGCCUGGGCCAUGUAUAAGAACGCCACCAUUGCCUCAGAGGCUGAGAAACUCAUGCACGCUCUGUCGUGCACAAAGGAGCCCUGGCUGCUCAACAGGUACCUGCAGUAUUGUCUGGAUCCAGAGAAGAUCAGGAAGCAAGAUGCAACUUUCACCAUUGUUUACAUAGCAAGGAACCCCAUCGGACAAUCUCUGGCUUGGGACUUUAUCAGAGCCAAUUGGGGCUACAUAUUCAAUGAAUAUGGUGGUGGAUCAUUUUCCUUCGGAGGAGUGAUCGAUGGGGUGACCAAACGGUUCUCCACUGAGUUUGAUUAUAAGCAGCUUCUCCAGUUCAAAGAAGACAACGCAGAGCAGCUGGGCUCUGCUGCCUGGAGUCUCGAUCAGGCUCUGGAGAGAACCAAGGCCAACAUGAACUGGGUGGACAUGAACAUGCAGCAGGUGUUCGAUUGGUUCGUCAGUGAAACCUCCUCUUAAGUGAAGUAUUCCAGCCAUUUUUUCAUUUUCAGAGCUCAGGUUCCAUGAAAUAAUGUACAGCCAAAUGUCAUUUUGAAACAUUAUGUAUAUUCUGACUCCAGUAGAGAUAUAUUUAAUGUGUUUUGAUAAAAAAAACUUUUAUGGUUGUGUUAUAUUGCCUCAUAAUGUCAUUGCAAUAUAAACAUUUGUUAAUCUGGAAUCUUUAGCCAUAUUUUUUUGUUUUUACAUCCUCUGCAUGUACAACUGUUAAAGUUUUCAAAAGACGCACACAUGCAUGUGAUGACUUUGUAGGCCAAAAUCAUGACUAAAGUUACACAAUGUUUAGGGUGAAACUUUGCAGCCAUAUCUUUGAAAUAUUUUAUACUCACGAGUCACGGGUAUUCAGAAGAGAUCAAAGAGUGCCAUACAUUUUGGAAGUAUAAGGUUUUUUAGAAUAUCAAAGUCACAAAACCAUAAUUUGUUCUCAUGAUGUCCUGAUAAAAACCAAAUUUACAAUGCAAAAGUUUCAAUACAGGUGUUUACUGCAAUGUAUAUUUCAAUUUAAAGAGAAUCAACAUGUGGUUAAUCAUGUUUCAUUUGCUAAUUUUAAAAAAUCUAGGUUUGGGUUAGGGUUUGUAAAUAUAUCUUGCAUUCUGAUUAAUCAUUUCCUUCAGUCUGGAUAAAUUCAACCAAUAUUCAAUUAUUCUAUAGAUUUUUUUUAAAGGCAUCUAAACCGUCUGUCACUUUUCCACAUGAAAGAAAAAGUUGACUGAUCCUAGUUCAGCUGUCGCCAUUCUCUGCGGGGGUCUUUCCUGAAAGACUUUAGAGGGGAUGUGAUCCCUGUUUAGCACCUCUCUGUCCUGCUGACAGCUGUUUGUGUAAGGAAGCAGAGGCCAAACAUGCAGUGCACUUCUCAUUCAUUAGCAGUUUGGGAUCACCAAAGUAAAUGCACAGACAAGGGUUUUUUCAUGAUAAAUAUUUUUUUUAUUUAGUUAACAACGUGAAAACUUAAUAAAUACACAGCUGUCUGUACAAAAAUAAGCAAGGGAC